AUGUCCUUCCAACAGAACGCAUAUGUGCUCGGCGUGGGUCUGACACAGUUCAUCAAGCCCCGCCAAUUACGUCCAUAUCCAGAAUUGGGCCUCGAGGCUGGCACCAAAGCGCUCUUGGACGCCCAUAUCACAUACGACGACGUGCAGACCGGCGUGGCGUGCUAUUGCUAUGGCGACACCACAUCGGGCCAGCGUAUCUUCUACCAGUUCGGCAUGACCAACAUCCCUAUCUACAACACCAACAACGCCUGUGCCACGGGGUCGACAGGUCUGCAGCUCGCGCGGACGCUGGUCCGGGGCGGCAUCGUGGACGUCGUCAUGGUGAUCGGGUUCGAGACCAUGCAGCCCGGCUCCAUCAAGAGUAUCUGGGACGACAGACCGAGUCCCAUGGGCUUGGGCACCCGGCUGAUGGAGGAGACGAGGGGCAAGCACGACACGCCGAGAAACGCCCAGUUCUUUGCCAACGCUGGCAGAGAAUACAUGGAGAAAUAUGGCGCCUCUGCCCGUGACUUUGCCGAGAUCGCCCGGAUCUCGCACGAACACUCGUCGCGAAAUCCCUAUGCCCAGUUCCAGAACGUCUACACGCUCGACGAGAUCGAAAAGUCGCCUAUGAUCCACUAUCCCCUGACCAAACUCCAGUGCUCACCCACCUCCGAUGGCGCGGGCGCUGCGGUCAUCGUGUCCCAGCGCUUCCUCGAGUCUCGGCCCGAGCUCAAGGCCCACGCGAUCCUGAUGGCCGGGCAAUCGCUCAUGACGGAUUCGCCAGCUCUCUUCUCGCGCUCCGCGAUGGACCUCGUGGGCUUCGACAUGACAAAACGCGCGGCCAAGGCGGCGCUCCAGGAGGCAGGCGUAUCCGCCCGGGACAUCAAGGUGUGCGAGGUGCACGACUGCUUCUCCGCCAACGAACUCAUCCUGCUCGAGGGCCUGGGGUUCUGCGACCAAGGGAAAGCCCACCUCAUGGUGAGGAACGGGGACAUCACGUACGGGGGCAAAGGCCCCGUUGUGAACCCCUCUGGAGGAUUGAUUUCCAAGGGCCAUCCUCUCGGGGCGACCGGCCUCGCCCAAUGCGCCGAGCUGACGUGGCAGUUGCGCGGCUGGGCCAACAACGGCCGACUGGUCAAGGACAUCGACGUGGCGCUGCAGCACAACCUGGGCCUGGGCGGCGCUGUGGUGGUCACGGUGUACAAGCGCGCCGACGGACGCAAGAACACGGAUGUCACGGAGAGCGACGCCCAAAUCGCCCUGGAGAGUGGCGUCGGCUACAACCCGGCCGUGGAGGCUCGGGGCGUCACCCUUGGCGACUUCAACAAGAUCAAGAGCAGGAAGGCGCCCUGCGAAUACGCCCUGGGCGAGACGGCCGAGAAGCUACAGGCCAGGCUGUGA